AUGGCUGAGAAAAGCGUGAUCGAUAGAUCCGACCACGAGAAAUCCGCGUCAUCGUCACCACCUGGCGCUCGCUCGUAUUUUCCGCCGAGUCAACGCAAAAUCCACGACACCAACGUGACUUUCGAGGAAUACUACUUCUACGCGCAGCGGACCCGUGAAGAACAACGACUGCUCCAGGCACCAAAGUGGCAGUGGCGCACCGUCUUUUCACGGAAGAAAACUGCAGAACCUGUCGAAGAGGAGCAUGAAUUUGAGUCACACGAUGGGAGAGUUGUGACAGAAGAAGAAUGGUUGAAUGCGAGUCGAGCAUUCCGUACGGCGUCAUGGGGAGCAAUCUUCUACCUGAUCACCACCGAUAUCCUUGGCCCGUUUGCUGUUCCGUUCGCUAUCGGGACUCUCGGUUUCGGCCCAGGCUGUGCCAUUUUCACCGCCUUCGGAAUCGUCAGUGUUUACAGCGGCUAUUUGAUCUGGAGGAUCUUCAUGGGUGUCGACUCGCAUGAGUUUCCAGCGCGCAACUAUGGUGAUCUCGCCUUUCGUGCAUGGGGCACCAUCGCUCGUCAUAUCGUGAACGUCCUCCAGGCCAUCGCCCUCCUCCUGCUUCUGGGUCAAGUCACCAUUCUAUUUGGUCAGAACAUUUCCGAGAUGUCGAAAUACCGCAUCUGCUACAUUGUCUGCCCAUUGAUCUUCGUCAUCGUCGGAUUCUUCUUGACUCAGAUCCGGACUUUGAGGAACUACGGGUGGAUUGCCAACUUCGGAUUCUGGCUCAACAUCCUCGCCAUCUUUGUCUCAAUGGGAGCGACAGCUCAUAAUCCGCCCAAUUUUGCCAUUGCGACCUUGGGAUCGGUCGGAAGUGCAAUUGAUCCGACGACUAUCACUCCUGUCAAUGGCGUCUAUCCUCCUACCGUACACUAUUCAGCUCUUCCCACAUCGAACCUCCUUGGAGCUGUCAAUGGCAUGCUCUCAGGAGUAUUAGCAUAUGCAGGUCUUCAACUCUUCGUCGAGUUCAUGGCCGAGAUGAGAAGACCUCACGAUUUCCUCAAGGGGAUGUUCGUUGCUCAAGCUGUCAUCUACGUGGCCUAUGUCGUGUACGGUUGUUUCAUCUAUUACUACCAAGGACAGUACACUUUCAAUCCCGCAUACCUCGGGGUUUCCGAUUAUGGCUGGCAGACAGUCGGCAACACACUCACCCUCAUCAGCGGUCUGAUUGCCGCAGGUCUUUAUGGGAACAUCGGCAUCAAAGUUUUUUACAACAACGUUCUCGUCGACAUCUUUGGAGCUCCAUUGAUGACCACUAAGAAAGGGAAAUACUUCUACGCCGUGAUUGUCCCGAUCUGGUGGUCUAUCGCGUUCAUCAUCGCCGCUGCGAUUCCCGCAUACGUCUACUUCGUCGGCGUUAUGUCCGCGUCCUGCUUACUGAAUCUAUCGUACACGAUUCCGCCUUGGAUCGCGUUGGGUUACGAUAUCAAGAAGCACACCCUAGGUACAUUUGAUCCCGCGAUUGGUCGAACUUCUCGAGGGUUGACUGGCAUGACUCGGUACAUUCGCGGAUUCUGGUCGGGGGGUGCUUUUCAAGUCUCGAUCAACGUAUGGCAUGUGUUGUAUUUCCUGGCCUCGCUCGGCAUGUGCGGACUGGGAAUGUGGGCUUCGAUCCAAGGCAUGAUCGAUGCCUUUAAGAUUCCAGAAGUCAAUUCCUUCACCUGCACGUCCCCAUUGAACAUCAACGGAGGUUAG